AUGAAUUAUAUAUGGAACCAGCAGGCCACUGUUGUGCUGUUGGCAUUGGUCAUAUGGCACUACGGUACGAAGCUGCUUCUGCGGCUGUUGUUGGGGUUGAGAUACUCCUACAUUAACCCGUUCACGUUGAAAAUUCGCAAUGCUGAGUUGUGGCUGGCAGGACAGACGGUUUCUGCUAAGAAACUGCAACUGCAAAUCAAUUUGUUCUCGAGGAGUAAGAAGUUGAUUACCCUGAGGGCUACUGAGGUAAGCAUUCAGCUCGUUAAAGCAAGGACUGGUGGAGAAACCCUCCCAAAAGACAGCCAGCGAGACAAAAAUGUGGAUAUUGAGGCUUUUCUGAAGGACCUGGAUUUUGAAUACGAUAAGCCCUUGAAGAUUUUUCCUGACCAUGCAAAGCUACGAUUUCUGACUACAUUGAUGACAAGAUAUCUACCGUCUACAGAGAUCAUUGUUCAAGACGUGACCAUUGGGUUUAAAGAGUGCGAAGACAUUGCGUUUUAUAUUGGAUCUGUUGGUUUUGUUACAGAUGCUGUAACUGAGUCUGACAAGAGAUCUGUGUCGGUAUUCUCUGGUAUGAUCAAGGGAGCACAGACCAAGUUCCUUUUCAGCUAUGCCACGAUCAAGUCCGUCACGUUCACAGACGGAAUACGACAUUUUCCUCUGGUGGACAUGUUGAGCCUGAAUUUGGGGAUUGUCAUUGAUCUGGGCGAGUCUUCUGUGUAUUCUUUGCGCUCCACCUUAAAAGCCACUGGUGUGAACAUGCCUGUUUUCCCUCUUAUGUGGGUUCAAAAAACACUAUCGUCGCGAACGAAGCCUGAUGGUGUUCCUGGCAACGAUGAGACGAAGGAGAUUUCACAAAAAGACGCUCUCAAGUUUCUGUAUGUCGCAAAUAGUUGCUUGAAGAUGCUGGAAGAGGUGGAUGUUUCCAUCGAUAGGGUCUCUGUGGAUCACAUUCCCAUUUUAUCUUCCUCAGAGAUUACAAACGCACUUUCCUCAAAGCAACUCUACUCUAAUGUGGACACAAUUUUUGCCUCGGUUGGGCUCAAGAGCUUUUCGCUGAACUUCUCCAAGCUCCGAUUCAAUAAUGCUGGGUUCGAUCUCCACUUCGAUAAGCUUGAUAAACCGGUACAGUUGCUGGUAUCUCUUUCCAGUGCCAGGGUUUUGUUGGACCUAUCCCAUUGUUCAAAGGCUACGAAAGGACAGCCUUGUACAGUCGAGACCUUUACUGUUCCCAGCAUGAACUGCUCCAUCAACUCCAACGUUCUCUUCCAAGGACUCAAGGCGUUGUCAAAUGGGAAAUCUUCUCGUGCAAUUCUAUCCGUGGAUUGUACUCUGUGGAAUCCUAUUAUGGAUAUUUCAGCCGUUCAUCUGGGGCUUUUGAUCUCCAAGUUCAAGGAGAUAUCAUAUCUGAAUGAUAUGGAACAAUCUCCAAUACCUUCAAAAUCACGCGGCGAACAUGGUGUGAAACUUGAAACGUUGAUGCUGGCAUAUUCGAGAUUGUUUACAUUGGCCCCUCCAUCGUUCGCUAUAAGAUUUUCGGUCGAGAAACCAACUUUCAUCCUGAAGCAUGUUGAUGAGACUUCAAAUAGCAUAUAUAUGCUGGUAAUUCGUCCGUCGAUGUUGGGUGCAGUGGUUCACUCGUCAACUGAAAGAGACGAAGACGACUCUUAUGGACUUGAAGUUCGGUGUAUCGCUUCUCAGCUCGACGUCACCUUCUCUAAGAAACGGUAUGAUUGGGUACAAGAAUCAGCGGGUCUUCCUGAGAAAGCCGCCGUGAAGAAAAUUGCAAGCUUCAGAGACGUCAAGUUCAAUGGCCAAUGUGAUAUCAAGCCAGAACUGGAAUGUUCUCUCAGAGGAGACUUUGAACGCUUUUUUGUGGAUCUUUCUGAACUCGAGACUUUGGACGGUAUUGCAAAAAUCUUGGACAGUGUCAGCAGCAACAUAGAUUCCCCAAGGUCAGGGUUGAAGAAACAUUCCAGGAGCAUAAACUUUGAUCAGAUUAAAGAGAUGCUGUUCAGAGAUUUGCCGAAAUGGGUGAAGAAGUUUGAACUUCAUGGCCGCGAAUUUGAGGCCAAACUGGGAUCUAGGUCGGUUUUGUUACCUGCCUCUCUUGUCACCCAGGUGAACAUCCCAGGAGGAGGUGAUCGAGUAGGUGGUUCGUUCAGAAAAGUACACGGCAAUGUUGGAUCCUGGGAUGUGGUUUUGAAAGGGACACCCUCUGAUCCUUCAACAGCAGAUUCGGAUUCGCUUACAAGCUCUGCCGAUAGUUCACAGCAUGAUUCAUUCCUGGACUUUUGGCGUUUCAAUGUGGGUAUUCACAACGUCGUUGCUGAUACUAUGAUAGAGAGAGCUCCUAAAGAUGACCAAACUUUAGAUGAGAUGAAACUCAAGAAAAAGGUCUUUUUGCGUUUUCCUGAGCUGUUGUUGGUGGUCCGGGGAGCUUUGGAUCUCACAACUAAGAGGAACGAGAUUCUGGUAGACAUUGUGUCGACCAAUCUGGUUUUGGACUACAGUCUUGCAACCCAUUUCAUCAUAAUGUCGUCCAUUCAUCUACUCAAGAACACAAUUAUCAAGACAAAGGGGUCAAAUGAAUCCAAGAACAUGCAUAGCACCGCUAAGAAUGACAUCAUGCUUAAUCUCAAGCAGGCUUGGAGCAUGAUUAGAGCUCGUUUCUCCAACAACCAGACUUUCAUAACUCUAGGACUCCCUGGUGACUUCAGCAUGAAGCUUGACUUUGCGUCUUCCGAUCUCGUUAUGGAACCCGAUUCACCUGUGGUGUUUACUAAUCAGUCCGCGAGAAUGCAUGUUCAAUCCCCUACAAUGCAGGGAUACUGGUCCCGGUUCUUGACAUUCCAGUCCAAUGAAUUGCUGUUCCAUUUGGACAAACUUAUAAAGGGUGAAAUCAACUUCCAGGGAGAAAUGGUGAACAAUGUGGUCGAGCUUAUGAAUUCAGGCUCGGUGAUGACAAUCCCCAACGAGUUUGUCAUUCACAAAUUGUUUGACUCGCUGGGAACUUCAGUUAAGGUGCUUAAACAGAUCCACUACAGUUUGAAGACAAAUUCAAACGAGUCUUGUAUGAGUGCAAAAGUGAUGAAGCCUAUUGCGUUGCCCAGGAUGAGGUUGAAGACCAGACGGUUUGCAUUUGGUAUGGUGGAUGAUCCAUUUGAAGUGGAACUGGGCAUGAUUUACCAACUGGGAUUACUGGAACAGCGUGAUAGAUUAGCGAAGAUUGCUGAGUUCAACGAAAAGGUCAAGGAACUGAUGAAGGAAGAUACCCCAAGUCCACUAUUCGAAAGUCUGACCCGUCUUGAUGAGAGAGUUGCUACCGACACAAUUGCCCAUGUUAAGCGAAAGAGCUCCCGGAAGGAUUUGAUUAGUCCUUUGAGCAGACAUGACCGGCCUCAUACAUCUGCUACAUUUCCAAGAAGUCCUCGUGUACGGUCUCAAUCUCGUGGUGGAGCUCAAAGGCUGAUUGAUGAGCUCGAUCAUAAGAUGUAUGUCUUGAGAAAGAACUUUCAGAAGUCCUGGCUGAGAUUGGUCCAGGACUUCAGGAUAAAGAGAGAGCUUUAUGCUAGGGAAAAUGGCAAAACUCUCUGGAAUCUUGUACAUGAUCAUACAGCGUCACCAGAGUUCAACAGCCACGUCCUGGCCAUGCCUGAUAACCCUCAUCUUUUAUCGGUGAUAAUUGAGGGAGCAGAGAUGAUUAUCAAACAGCCCACUUUUCCCUUGGAGAAACUUCCAGAUUUCAUAUACGAAGAAGGAAAGGGUGUUCCGAGAGAAACAGAGUACAGUUUGCUGUUGCCCGUUUCGUUGGAAGCAAAGGCCAGAGAGGUUAGGGCACAUAUCAGAGACUAUCCUCUCCCUCUGUUAUACAUGCCACCACCAUCUCAGCCCAAAGAACCAGCUAUACUGUUGCGAGGAAACUUUGUCGUAACGGAACAGUUCUACGACGAUCCUUCAAAUGUUCGACAUGUGCAUGUUCCACUUGUUCCGGGAUCACCCCAUGGAAGCAAGUUCUUUUCUCUUGAUGUUCCGCGGACCGUUGCUUCUGUCAAGAUCAUUGCAAAUGCCAGUGUUGAUGUGCUCACAGACCAGCCCACGACAUUUACCUGGGGUGUUUCAUACACUCCUGCCAUCCAGCAGAUGAUGAUGAACUUCGAUGCCUUCUCUAAACCGCAGCUGGAUCCCUCGGAGAAAAUAGGUGUUUGGGAUAAGGUAAGGUCGAUUAUGCAUGGACACGCUGUUUUACGCUGGACAAACGAGAAUGAGGUCCGUGUGAAUCUGAAGGGCUCAAGUGAUCCAUACGAAGUUCUUGGAGGUGCCGCAGGUUUUGUGCUGAGUUUCAGGAAAAAGGUUUCAAUUGAAGUUAACAAAACUGGGCAUUCAAGGGACUUCUUGGUGGUGGAUGCCAAAGAAGUAUUAUGGGCUAUUCCCAACCUUGUAUCUCAAGCCUUACCGGUAUGGUCCAACAGGAGCUCGAAAUCUGUUUUCUUGCCGAACUCAGACACUUUCUUUGCUUCCUCUUACGGUUACUUCUUAGAUGACACUCAGAAUCAGAGUUAUCCGGAAAAUGCAAGGGACGUCAUGAAAAAUGACUACUAUGCCAAAGUUAACUUGAAGCUAUACGGCCAGAUACGGUUUAAAUUGGGAUUUCUAUUCGAAAGAAAGUCGCCUGAUGGUGGUAGGUCUUCAGACUUCAUUCCACACUAUAAAGUCAAGUUAACCAACGCGGAAUAUGUGAAGGGCUUGGACCAUUACGAUGCGUACGACGGGUUCAGAAGCGAGUACAUCCACAUGGCAUUUUCUCUGAUCGCACCCCGGUCCGUCAAGGGCGAAGAUGAUACCACAGAAUCCUCCAACAGCAUUCAUCUGUCACCUAAUACAUUCAACGCUUUCUUUAGUUGGUGGAACAUGUUUGGCGGAGAUGUCGGUCUGCCCAUCAGAAAUGGCACUCUCUUUGGUCCUAAAGAAGCAACCAAAAAGUUUGGUGCGCAUCUUUUCACCAUCAAGUUUCAGUUUUUGCUGGAGCCUCUGUUUCUAUUCCACGGUUACCGUGGUGACUUGUCGGAGCCUGCUACAGAGGGAAUUGUUGAUAUGGUGGGCCUUAAGGCAAAGAUUGACAGUUUCUCUGUAGAUCUGCAUCAGAGGAAGGAGGUUAUGGUGAAACGAAACAACGAGCUCAACACCUCGCAGCAAAUCAUGAAAAUGAAGAUGUAUCUUGGUGAAAUACUGCUCACCGACGUGGAUAUUCGUGCUGUGGAGGCUUUAUUUAAGCUGGACUUGGAUACAAGUGGCCACGGCGAGCACGUAUUGCGAGUCUUUGAUGAUGAUGAAUCCUGGUUCGAUAUUCAGGACACAGAGGAGGAAGGCCUCACUUCGGUGAAAGGUAUGACUUCUUCUGCAAGGAUCUUGCCAUUUUUAUUUGCUCCGAUGAUCUCUUACAAGCGAGAUACCGACCAUGGAAAGACUGGCAACGAGAGUGACCCACAAUUCAAGCCAUUUGGAGAUGAACCUUCACACGACUGUACGCUAGGAAAAAACUCUCAUGAUAGGCCACACGAUGAAACUUGGGUAUCGUCUGAUCCGGUGAUUGUGAAAAACAUAGAAGAGGAAGAAGAAAACCUAAUUUCCAGAAUGAACCACAAACUAGAGAAUGCGGACCAACUCUACAACGAGGUUGUGAGUGAUGCGAGCUCUACAGUUGAGCAGAAAGCGUCAGAAGCUGUUUUCAACAAUGUUUUUGCUCUAAAUCAUAUUUUGUUGAAGUGGAACUGCAAUGUGCGUAAUCUGGUGUUCAAGUACUUUCACAACCAAGGUGUGAGAAGAGCAUAUAGGAAGUACGGAAAAUAUCAGGUGUUCAAGGUUGCAGAGGAGGCUAUCGAUGCCACUUUGCGGAGCAGUGCUGGGACUGAAACUGAGGAAUCCGACGAUUCUUUCAAGUAUACCGUUGAUGAGACAACGUGCACCGAAAGGGUGGCCAACUUCGAAGAAGACUUGCGGAAAUUUGCAGAGGGUUUCGGCUUUACUCCGAAGAACGAUUACUCCAUCAGCUUGGUGGAGCCGCAGAUCCAACUUUUCACAACAGAAGACUCGGAUUCAUGCGCUUUGGUUACUUCUCCCAGAAUUGAUCUGAACAUUGUUUCAAUAAUCAAGCAAUUGAAAGACACAGAGGGAAAGAUUGUCGAAACUGUGGAAGAUGAAACCAUUCAGACAAGAUUUGGAUCAUUUCUCAAAGAUGCCAAUGUAUUUGUGUUGUAUAAAGAUGACGUUGAGAUGAUAUCAUCCUAUUCCUUACCUUCCUAUGGCUCCAAAUCGAAUUGGCCGCCUUGGCUCUCUCACGAGGUUCCUCCCGACUUUCUUGAAAGCCACAUGUUGCUAGAGAAAACAUCUAUGGUUAUCAGGUACGAUAAGGUGGACGUACUGGGAUUAUCCAGUCGGAUAGGCGAGAAAGACAGAAUUAUAGUCGAUGUUCCAAAAGUGGCUGCCUCUUGUGAUUCUAAGCAGUACUUUGCGUUCUUCGUUCUCGUGGUCGACCUGUUGAUCUAUUCGGAGCCUUCAUCGCAACGACUGAACGAGCAACUGCAAAAGCUGCUAUUGUCGACGGAUCUCUCUGACUUGGAGGGUGUAAGGACCCAGAUCAGAAAGUUGCAGAACGAGUUCGCUGCUCUUCGUGUCAUCUCCAAGAACUUUGACUACAGGAGAAGCAUUCUUUCCGAGGAGGAAUUCGAUCUGGCUACUGAGAUCAGAAAAAGAAAGGCCGUUGUUUCGCGUGAGCUCUUUCUUUUGGUGAAUCUGGUAACAACGGGUGCUUCCAAAGAGUCGGGAGUAGAGUGGACUAUCAGGGCAGAUGAGAUUGGAGUGAGCAUGUUGGAGAGCAACCGCAAGGCUUUUAUUGACCUUUCCGUCAAAAAGGGCACCUUCAGAAGGAUUGAACAAUCUGGCGGUUUUAACACCAACGUUAUCGAGGUUGGAAUUAUCAAUGCCUCGAACAAGUAUGAUCAGGCACUGUUUCCAGAACUGCUUUCAGGUUUUGACGACAAGUCGGAGGAUACUCCUCAAGGAAAGAACCAGAUUGAGCUAUCAUGGGCUAUGGAGUCGGCUGUUGGUGGCAUAAAAAUUAUUAAAGACUUUGAUAUCAAGCUGCAACCUUUGAAACUUCAGUUGGACGAGGCAACUGGUAACAAUAUCAUGAACUAUGUGUUUCCAUACGAUCCCGACUUUGGUACUGUGAAUCCUGCUGCUUACGCUCAGAAUGAUAUCAAGGACAAGUACCAGGAGGAAGAGUUGCAUAAUGAUCUGGAAAAGGCCAUGAGCAGAAGAAAUAGCGACGUCAGCUCGGAGAGACUCGUCAUGGAGUCUUCGAUUAAAAACUCCUUGGAUGGAGUCAUUGAUGAAGAGGAAGAUGUGGAAAGCACCAACCAAGUGGAAAGCUCUGAUAGUUCCGACUCGGACGAUGAUGAGAAUAUGACCCAAAUGGUCAAUAGGGCUUCCUCUUAUUUCAGUCUGGUUUCUGUGUGUGUUCACAGCGUCACUCUGUGUAUCAGCUUCAGAGGUUCUGGGCUGAAACGACUCAUCAACGUGUUUGAGUUCGUUCUCAGGGUCCCAACUUUUGCGUUUGAAAACAAGCUCUGGGGGACCAUAGAUCUCGUGAAUCACCUUAAGAAGGUGGUGAUCAAGGCUUUGCUCGCGCACAGUUCCUCUCUCCUUGGCAACAAACUGAAAAUUCACUCCCGCAGACGAAGACUGAUGAAACAGCUGAAUCUGAAAAGACUACAGAAAGACAUCAAUAAAUAG